AUGGCAGCUCCCCAAGUCAUUGUGGUCGGCGGUGGUCUGUCUGGCCUCAGUGCUGCUCACACCGUCUACCUGAACGGCGGCAACGUCGUGGUUUUGGACAAGCAAGCUUUCUUUGGUGGCAACUCUACCAAGGCCACCUCUGGCAUUAACGGUGCCCUUACCCGCACCCAGGUCGACCUCGGCAUCCAAGACAGCGUCAAGCAGUUCUACGAGGACACCCUCAAGUCCGCCCGUGAUAAGGCCCGUCCCGAUUUGAUCAAGGUCCUCACCUACAAGUCCGCCGCUGCUGUUGAGUGGUUGCAGGAUGUCUUCAACCUUGACCUCACCCUCGUCUCCCGGCUGGGUGGCCACACCCACCCCCGUACUCACCGUGGUCACGAUGCCAAGUUCCCUGGUAUGGCCAUUACUUACGCCCUCAUGCAGCGCCUGGAGGAGCUCGCCGAUGCCGAGCCCAAGCGUGUUCAGAUCGUGAAGAAGGCCCACGUCACACAAGUUAACAAGUCCGGUAACCACGUUACUGGUGUCACAUACACCCUCAAUGGCGAGACCAAGUCUGUUGACGGUGUCGUCAUCUUGGCGACCGGUGGUUACGCCGCUGAUUUCAGCGAAACCUCGCUGCUCCAGAAGCACCGUCCCGACACUUACGAUCUCUCUUCCACCAACGGCACCCACGCCACUGGUGACGGUCAGAAGAUGCUGAUGGCCAUUGGUGCCAACGGUAUCGAUAUGGACAAGGUCCAGGUUCACCCCACUGGUCUCGUGGACCCCAAGGACCCUGGUGCCAAGUUCAAGUUCUUGGCCGCUGAGGCCCUCCGUGGUGAGGGUGGUCUUCUGCUCAACUCCGAUGGUGACCGUUUCUCUGAUGAGCUGGGUCACCGUGACUAUGUCUCCGGUCAGAUGUGGAAGGAGAAGGAGAAGGGCAAGUGGCCCAUUCGCCUUGUGCUCAACAGCAAGGCCUCCAAGGUACUCGACUUCCACACUCGCCACUACUCUGGCCGUGGCCUGAUGAAGAAGAUGUCUGGUAAGGAGCUGGCCAAGGAGAUCGGUUGCGGCGAGGCUUCCCUCCAGAAGACAUUCGACGAGUACAACCUCAUCGCCGAUGGCAAGAAGAAGGACCCCUGGAACAAGAAGUUCUUCCACAACAUGCCCUUCAACGUCGACGACGAAUUCCACGUUGCUCUGAUGGAGCCCGUCCUCCACUUUACCAUGGGUGGUAUCGAGAUCAACGAGCACGCCCAGGUCCUCAAUGGCGAGAAGGAGGCCUUCGAAGGUCUCUACGCCUGCGGUGAAUUGGCCGGUGGUGUCCACGGUGCCAACCGUCUGGGUGGUUCCUCCCUGCUGGGCUGUGUAGUUUACGGCCGUGUGGCCGGUGACUCUGCCACCCAGCACCUCUUCCAGAAGUUGCUCAGCAACGGUUCCUCCUCCGCUAGCCAGCGUCUGGGCCAGAUCUCCCUGCACAUUGACCCCUCCACCCCCGGCAAGAUCUCCGUCGAGUGGGGCGGUGCCGCCGGCGGCGACCUUCCUGCCUUGGCAGCUGCCCCUGCCGCUGCUGCCCCUGCUGCUGCUGCUCCCGCUGAGGAAGCCAAGUCCGCUAAGCCCGAUCCCGCCAACUUCCAGAUCCCCGAUAAGGAGUUCUCCAUGGAGGAGAUCGCCAAGCACAACAAGAAGGACGACCUCUGGAUCGCCGUCAAGGGCAUCGUCCUCGACGUGACCAACUGGCUGGACGAGCACCCCGGUGGUGCUAACGCUCUCUUCAACUUCAUGGGUCGUGACGCUACUGAGGAAUUCGCUAUGCUUCACGACGACGAGGUCAUCCCCAAGUAUGCGGCUCAGACCGUUAUCGGUCGUGUCAAGGGCCAGACUCCUAGCCUGGAGCUGUAG